GGCUUUCCUCCCGAGCACCCGAAGUCUUUCCUCCAUUCCCUCCCUCCUUUCCUCCAGCGCAAGAGGACACUUUCAAAGCAGGUGAAGUGAAGCAGAAGUGAACGAAAGUGAAUUUUCUGGACAUAUUCAAGACUUUUUUUUUGUGCGUGUGAGAGAGAAAAGUUUGCCAAGAUGUGGAAGGUAUUUGGGUAAGGGCUGUGUCUCCCCCUCCCUUCCCUUCCCUUCCCUUGCCCUUCCCUUCCCCAGCGGUGCCUCAGAAAACGGUUCCAGUGUGACAACAAUUAGACAAGUAUAAAACAUGGAUGGAACGAGAUUUCUACUGGGAGUGUUAGCGGUGGGCGGGUGUCUCCUGCAGGCCCACGCUUCCCUAUUCGACGACAUAGACAUGACUCUGGGAACGCCGAAGGUCACGACGGAGGCGCCAAAACCCCCUGGAGAAUCCCUGUUCGGGGGUGCUAAGAUGUCCCUGAGCACUAAGGAGCUUCCGGGGGGCCUAGGCGGCGUAGAGGGCGUGGGGGGUGCUUCAUCCAUCCCUGCGUCCGGCGUGUAUAGUCUCCCAAAGCCUCAGAAGAAGGUCGCCUCUGCUACGGUCUCCACUUCCUUCACCGGCUCUGGUUCUCGAUCUCUCUUUGAUGAGAUUCCGAACGCUGGGGCCAGUCUCCCCAACGCCCCGACUCCCGCCAGCCGCUACUUCACCUCCCCAGCAGCCCCCAGACAGGCCCCAGCACCCUCCUCCAGCAGCAGCCUGUUUGAAGUCGAGGGUCUGGUUCUCCCGCUCUCCCUCCCUGAUGCCAUCCCGAAGUCCCACAGCUCGGCGUCGGGGUCCAUGUCAGUCCCACGACCUCAGGGACCCCCGCGCCCUGCCCCUAAGAAGAUGAAUUCUCAGGAGUCGAUGGAGAUGAAGGAGGAGGACGAAGAUAAGGAUGACGAGGAGGCAGCGGCCCUCUCAGCCCUACGCCUGCUGGAACGCUACGCCCCACAGCUUGCCGCGGUUCUAAACGCCACGGCAAAGAAGGACAACGCAGCCACAUACCCCCACGCCGUGCAGGGAGACUUCCAGCUGGCCCUUGAGACGCUAACAGCCGCACCCUCCCCAGAAGACCACCAGGAGCUUGACAACGACUACAACUACGAGACCUCAGACGGCCUGGAUCUCUUCUCUCUACUGGACGAUCCCAAUGACCACGAUAAGUCGCUGAAAAACACAGGACUUCGCGGUGGGUACAACAUUGCUGGUACCAAACGCCGAAGACUUGAGGAUCUCCGCCUAGCUCUUGAGAUCAUCCAGAGCCUUGACCGGGACAGGGAAGAAGACGAGGAGUUUGAGCUUCGCCUCGCUAAGAGCAUCUUCGACCAGCACAUCAAGUCGCUAUCGGAGUUGACACGGCGUCAGCGGGACACUCUCAACUCCCUGGUUACGAUGGUCAGGGGUUCAUCGAGCGCUAUUAGGAACCCCAACUCCUUCCUCCUACCCCCAGUGAAGGACGCCAGUCCCCCAGCAUCAAGGAGGUUCUCGUAUUUGCCGCCCCAGCGUGAUCCAGACCCCCUAUCACCUAGCUAUGGUCUGCCACAAAGGGAUCCGAGCCCCCCAGGAAGGUAUGAUCCCAGGCCGAGGAACCCAGACCCCCCAGGCUCUCUAUAUAGGCCACCCCAGCGAGACCCCACUCCCCCAGCUCCCCCAGCCCCACCGUCCAGAGGUUAUGGCGCUCCGCAGCGUGAUCCAGAGCCCCCAGCCUCUAGAUAUGGCCCUCCCCAGCGAGACCCCGCUCCCCCAGCCCCACCGUCCAGAGGUUAUGGCGCUCCGCAGCGUGAUCCAGAGCCCCCAGCCUCUAGAUAUGGCCCUCCCCAGCGAGACCCCGCUCCCCCAGCACCCCCGUCCAGAAGUUAUGGUCCCCCACAACGUGACCCAGCACCCCCAUCAAGAUCCUACGGCGCUCCCCAGCAAGACCCUAUCCCUCAGUACGACGACUACGAUGACAGUGUAGAGUUACAGGACCCCAGCAUCCCCCAGUCCUUGAGCCUAACCAUCACCCCGGCGGAUAUCUACACAGUCCUCAGAGGUCAUCACUCCCGGCCACCGGAUCCUGUCACCCCAGCCACCCCAGCUCGGUCCUACGGCGCCCCGAAGAAGGCAAAGCCAACCGCUAAGCCUAUUUACUACAUCGCCGUCCCCUCAAACUUAAGACCCCAGGAUGACGCACCACAGGCUGACCCCGCGCCCCCAGCACCACCGCCCCCAGCACCUCCCGCACCAGCACCCCCAACCACCAGGAGGCCUGCUACAGGAUAUUUACCGCCUAGAGACGAUGUGCAGCCCCUUAGUCCUUCUUACAGAGCCCCAGCUGACACCUUGCCCCUGGAGAACCUAGACAGCCUGGAGGAUGACUCGUGGCGGCCUAUCCUGUCCCCGGCAGCCCCAGGGGGAUAUGACUAUGCCCAGCGGCCUAGUGACGAGCCCAGGGAUGAGGUGAGGGAUACGACGGAGAGUCACGUGUAUAACUAUCACUACCAUUACCACUUCGGGCAGAACGGCGACUCUUCUAGCGCCUCCGAGGAAGAGAGGCAGAGUGACGAUGCCGGGACGAAGGAGCAAUUCGAUGAGUUCUCCAGCGACGCCGUGGGUAUGGGCUACGGGAGGCAGGCCAAGGGGGUUCUAUCGCCGCCGCCCUCCUCCUCCCCUUCCCGAUUCAACGACCCCAACGUGUCUUCCUACUCCUCCCUCACAGCCUCGGAUGACCCCCUAGAGCUGCCGUCCUUCGAUCCCCUGCCACCUGCUCCCCCGCCUGCCCCUCCCGCACCCUCGCCAAUGAGGGGGUACGGGGCGCCUCCCUCUGCUGACCCCCCAGCUCCACCGCCCAGGAGGGGUUAUGGCGCCCCUCCUGCUGCAGACCCCCCCGCGCCACCUCCUCCCCCCCCCAUGAGGUAUGGUCCCCCCCCCGCCGACCCCCCUCCACGACCCCGGAUGAUGUACGGGCCGGCCCCCGCCAACCCCCCUCGCCCUCCCCCCAUGCGGUACGGGCCACCCCCCGCUAACCCUCCCCCUCCCCCUCCCCGCAUGCAGUACGGCCCGCCCCCCGCCGCCCCUCCUGCCUUCUACCAGGCCCCCACGAGGUUCCCCCGCUCCCCCACCCCCGUUACCUUUGCCCCGGCCAACCCCGCGCCCCCUGCCCCACCCCCUUUCACCUACGGGGCACCCCCAGCUGACCCACGACCCCCCGCCCUGCCCCUUCUAGCAGACCCCACCGCCCCUUCCACCUACAGGGCGCCCCGGCUGACCCCCGCCCCUUGCCCUGCCCCUGACACGUACGGCGCCCCGCCGGCAGACCCCACCCCGCCCCCGGCUGACCCCCGCCCCCCCGCCCCACCGCCCACCACCACGCGGCGCCCGGCGUUCAUCGUGCCGCCACGCCCGCCGCCACUGCCCAAGACGCACUUCUCCGUGUUCAACAAGAAGGGCAAGGCGCCGAAAUUUUUCCAGCGCGCCCCGGUGGUGGCCGUGGGCCCCGUGAGGCUGGGACCAGGCGUGGCAGCCAGCCCCGCGGGGCUGCCGCUGCUGGACGUCCAGCGGGACGCCGUCACGCGCAGCCCCCUGCUGCGGGAGCAGGAGCAGCUGCAGCUCCAGCUCGUGCGCAACGAGCAGCGGCUGCGGGACGAACAGCGCACGCUGCAGGACAUCAACGAGCUGCGCUACCAGAUCCUGGCGCAGGAGCAGCAGCGGGACGACCUGCGGGAGAGCCUCUACAAGGGCCUCAAGAAGGAGAAGGAGAGCGAGCUGAAGAAGAUGUUCUACAAGGGCGCCAUGCUGCUGGGCGCCAUGACGCUCUCGCCCUUCAGCGGCCGGAGGAGGCGCGAGGCGCCGCCGUGUGCCCCCGACGCCCUGCCACUCAACCUGAGCCUCCCGCACGCCCACAAUCUCACCGCGACGCACACCCCCAACUGCAGCCACGCCCGCGACGCCGACCCCCUGCUGGGCGACGUGGUGGGCGUGCUGCGGGCCAAGCAGGACGGCCUGCUACAGGACGUGACGCUCACGGACCUGACGCCCAUCCUGCCGCCGCCCGCCGCCCUGCGCCACCCCGGCUGCCUCCGCCGCUCCUUCUGCCGCCUCAUGCAGGAGCUGGAGGGCACGCCGCUCUACAAGGACUUCCUCGACAAGUACCUCCAGUUAUUCCCGGUGGAGGGGCGCGGCGGCGGGGGCGUGGCAGCUCAGGCGCUCCUCCUCGCCAACCAGAGACUCGAACACAGCAGAGAGCGCUCCGAACCAACCUGCACAGCCUUCCCCUGCCCCUACCCUGACCAGGACCUGUAGAACGGCUAGGAAGGACCUCUAACCAUGACCUGUAGCUUGUAGAGAUUGUACCCUACUUUGAUAAUAUGAUGUAGUUUGGAUACGACCUGCAAAACCUACUCAUCCUGUCCCUAUCCUGAUAUGACCUGUAGAACGGCUAGGAAAGACCUUAUACCAUGACCUGUAGCUUGUAGAGACUGUACCCUACCUACUUUGAUAAUAUGAUGUAGUUUGGAUACGACCUGUAAGAACCUGCUCCUACCCUGAUCUGACCUGUAGAACGGCUAGGAAGGGCCUUAAACCAUGACCUGUAGCUUGUAGAGACUGUACCUUACCUUGAAAAUAUGAUGAAGUCUUGAUAGGACCUGUAAAACCUACUCUUCCUGUCCCUAUCCUGAUAUGACCUGUAGAAAGGCUAGGAAGGACCUUAAACCAUGACCUGUAGCUUGUAGAGACUCAACCGUGUCCUGUAACCAACUAUAAAUACAAUGGAAGUAGGAUGUAGUUUCUAGAGGACCUGUACAGCCUUCUUUUGCACCUACCCUGACCAGGACCUGUAGAACGACUAGGAAGAACCUCAAACCAUGACCUGUUGCUUGUAGACUCGACUUUGUCCUGUAACCUACUGUUAGGACACUAAAGGUAGGAUAUUGUUUCUGAAGGACCUGUACUGCCUCCCUCUGCCUCUAAUCAUCCCAGGACCUAUUGGCCUUUGAUAAUUAUAUGUCCAAGGAUCCUUCUACGUAACUCUAAGCUACUGACAUAAUAAGGGAAGUUUGUUUUACCUUAGUAGAGGAGAGAAAGGCAUCCUGAUCACCGCCUGUCACCUGUCACACAUAAUUCGCGGGAGUCACUUCAAUGUUUACUUCUUUUUUAUCGGGAUCACAAUUAAGUCUUCAAUGUUUAUUUCCUUCUUAACGGGAUCAUAAUUCAGUAACAUGACUGCAUAACCAUUAUUUUCAUUGCUAAGAGGCUAACCAUUGAUUUAUAAAGAAAAGAAGACACUAAAAAUGGCUAUCAGGGUUGUCAAUAAGGAAGUAAUGUAAUGAAAUUAGUAAUAUAUAGGUUUCCCAUGUUUUUUUUUUCUCUCAUGUUAUAUCUUUUUAUUUUGAAUUGCCCUAAAUUAUUCAAUGGCAAAGAAAGGGACAGAAUAAACCUCUGUUAGUUGUAAAGAGUUACAAUUAUGAUAUUACUAAAGAAGUUGGUCUUACAUUGAAAGCUAGCUAUUACCACGUUCAUCCUUGCAAAAUCUGAACAUAUUAGUAUUAAAAUAUAUCUAAUUCUUGGCAUAUAUUAAAGAUCUAUAAUUGUUCUUUUAGUUCUGAUGAAGGCUUAAAUAGCAUACGUUGAAAGCUGUUAUGGUCAUGAAAGGAAAAUACUGACCUAUCAUACCCUUGGAAUAGAUUAUGACUUAUGGCCAAGACAUAUAAUUGUCUUUUUAGUGCUGACAAAGACUUGGAUAUCAUACGUAAAGGAACAACAGGAGAACACAACUCACUUCAAAUUCUCGUCUUUAUUAUAUUUAUGAUUUUGAGCGUCGAGUUAACAUGAUUGCACGGGCAGCACCUUUGAUCUAUACUAAUUACUGUUUGUGUUACCUUAAUUGCCUGUCCGUCUAUACCUGGACAAUGCAAGACUCAGGUUAAUUGGCUCUCGCAGGGCAUCACAAAAAGGCACAGGAAUCACAUAAUGAAUGAUGACAGUAAUAAUAAUAAUAAUAAUAAUAAUAAUAAUAAUAAUAAUAAUGAUAAUAGUUUGCAGUUUACAUACAUUGCGAUCUCCAAAGGAAAAAAUACCAGAAAAGAAAAGAAAAAAUAUAUGGGUCUAGACACACCAUAUAAGGAUAAAUAAUGAAAAAUAAAAAUAACACUGACAGUAAUUGUAAUAAUGAUAAUAAUGCUUGCAGAUCACGUACUUUGUGAUCUCCGAAAUGAAAAAUAAAGUUCUCGGCACACCAUACGAGGAUAAAUUAUGAAAAAGAAAUAAAAACAACAAGAAUGAAAACUCAAAUUAAUGACCUUAUCUGGAGAAUGACCUAAAUAAAAACAGCA